GUCUUCUCUACCACCCAGCCGCCAUCACCGCCAUCACCGCCAUCACCGCCAUCACCGCCAUCACCAUCUCCAUGCUCCACAAUCCAAUCUCCCCCCCCUUACCAGUCAUCCAGUCGACAAACCCUUACCCACACCCACACGCAUGCCCUCCUCCACCGCUCACCCGCAUCAUCGCAAUCACGCCCAGUCCCCCUGCUACAUCCUGCGCCAUCACGCACCUCAUCCCAUCACAUCCACUCAUCACGUCCGCGACCUGCUCUUGGCGGGUGACGAUGCAGGUCGCGUCAGCCUGACGCGCAUCAGUCAUGCCAGCCCCGUUCAUCAGUGGCAUGCUCACUGUGACCAGCAAGGUGCAGCUAAUGGUGCUGCCAUCCUGGGCGUCAAGCUGUGGUUCGCAGCAGCAGCAGCAGCAGCAGCAGCAGCAGCAGCAGCAGUGCGCGAGGAGGGAGCAAGCGCAAAGCAGCACAGCAGCGACGCAGACGUCGACGUCGACGUCGACGUGAGGGCAGUGACCCACGCUCGGGACAAUACGCUCAAAGUGUGGCAGUUGCCAUCCACGUCGCGCAGACAGCUCAGUGAGCAGCACGCGCAGGCGAUCCAUGGCGCGCAGAGUGAGCAGCAGCAGCCUGCGCUCUUACUCAAGCUGGACGUCAAUUCCGUCAACUUUUGCGCAUUCGCCCUUCUCCCUCUCCCUUUCGACGCGCUGCAGCGAUGGCAGCGUAGUGCUGGAUCGAGCGAUGUGAGCGUGCACCUUGCGCACCCUCAAGCCUUGAUAGCCGUACCGAAUACCGUGGAAGCUGCUUGGAUUGAUGUGUAUCACCUGCCCACUUGUAGACGAAUCGUCGCAGCGAUUGGCUCGCCGCCUCUCGAUGAGGUCAAACGGCCAGCAAAAGAUCGACCGGGCAUCGUCAUGUCACUUCAGCUGUUCAGCCUCGAUCACACCUCACCCAACUUUAGUCUCUUGGCAGGCUAUGAGGAUGGCCGGGUUGCGCUCUGGCACAUGCAUCACCGCUCAUCUAGCACAACCAGUCCCACCACCUCAAGUCCCUCCGAUCACCUCUGGUGGAAGCUGGCGUGGCAGGAGAAAGCGCACGUCGAAGCGGUCAUGGCAGUGAGCGCAUCCUCGAGUCGCGCCUUUGCCGUGAGCGUAGGGGCGGAUUCGCGAGUCGUCAAGUACUGCUUGGACAGCGGCGCGCACGCAAUGCCAGACUCAGAGGCAUCGCGGCAAGCAGCUGCUGCCGAUGGUGGGCCUGUUGACCCUCAUGCUUCGCCAUUGGUCAAGAAGACGAAGCAGCAGGGUCGAGCGUCUGUGGACAUCUCACGAGAUGCGCGCAUCGUCGCUACUGGAGGUUGGGAUGGAGUAGUACGACUGUACGCCGCGUAUGACUUGGUUGAACUCGGAGCGCUGCGGUAUCACAAGAACACGGUCCAGUCUCUCGCUUUUGCGUCUGUCGAAGAAACUUCUGCCCCACGCAAAGCGCGUGUCAGAGAGGGCGAUGACAGGGUGUGGGAGAAUGCAGACGAGUCGGACGCCUCCUCCUCCUCCUCCUCCUUCACUUCUUCCGACGAAGACUUGCAGCAUUCGCGCAUCAAGCAUGAUCUAAUAGCUGCUGGCGCCGACGGCAGAAUGUCACUUUGGGAUCUGGGCGACUUUGGUUUCAAGUAGAGUAGUUGAGCUUGGCUUUCAUUUGCGUUCACUAGUAGCCUGUAUAUUACACAAACAUUCAAUAGCGAAG